ACAUAUUUUUAUAUUUUAUUUGACAUUUAGAUCCUUUUUUUCCCUCGUUCAAGGGGUAUAUAUAUACAGCCUUCGUUCCUACAUUUCAUUUCCCAAACAAUAAUUUCCAACAAAAAUAAAUAAUUAGCAAAAAAGAAAAAAAGAAAAUGGAUUUACAAUAUUCCUCUGUUUUCCAGUCAACAAUGAGCAGUGACUUUUCCUCUGAUAUUAACUCGCCGGAAUAUUCCAUCUUGUCGUCGGAAUGGGAUUCGCAAUCCUUCACGAAUUUCCUUCCGUUCAACGAAAACGAUUCCCAGGAGAUGUUGUUGUUCGGCGUUCUGGCGGAAGCGGCACAAGAAACCACCUCGGCCUCCAACUCCGGCGAGCGGCGGCGGAGCCGAGCGAAGGAGAACGAAGAAGUGAGUUCCUCGCCGGCGGCGGCGGCGGCGGCGGCGGAGAUGGUUGUGAGGCCGGCGAAUGGGAAGUCGUUCCGCGGCGUGAGGGCGCGGCCGUGGGGGAAGUUUGCGGCGGAGAUAAGGGACUCGACGAGGAACGGCGUGAGGGUUUGGCUGGGGACGUUCGACACGGCGGAGGCGGCGGCGAUGGCGUACGACCAGGCGGCGUUCGCCAUGCGGGGGCAGGCGGCGGUGCUCAACUACCCGGUGGAGAGGGUGAGGGAGUCUCUGAGGGAGAUCAGGAGUUGCAUCGACGAGGAGGCGGGGUGCUCGCCGGUGAUGGCGCUGAAGAGGAAGCACUCCAUGCGGCGGCGCAACGGCGGCGGUCGGACGGCGAAGCGGAGGGAGGUGGUGAAGGUGGAGAAUGUGGUGGUGUUUGAGGACUUGGGUGCUGAUUAUUUGGAACAGCUCUUGAGUAGUUCUACUAGUCAAGAAACUAGUUCUCUCUUUUUUUGUCAAUAAGCCCUUACUCUUUCUAUUUCUUUUCAAUUUCUGCAAAAUCAAGAAUUUUUAUC